AUGAAAAGAAACAAAGCAAUAAAAAUCCCGCAGGAUAUCCCUGCAACCGGUGUCGCAAGACACUUUGAGGAAAGAUCCCUCGAAGGCGACAGACCCCAGGCGGCAGCGCACCCGCCUAGGACUACACCAGCAGCCCAGACAUUGCCAGCCAGGGAGCGUGGGGUGCCAGCAGGAGCUACCCUGCCAGCACGCCCACCUCUCGCAUCUGAUAGGCCAACCUCUAUCAGGCAGCUGAAGAGGCAGGACGCUCUUCCAGCCCUGGGACAGCCCGGAGGACUGGACGACCCCAACAGGCGUGGCCUGCCAGGGUCAAAGGUAAAGUGGUACCUGAGCCGCACACCACCAACGGACACCCCCAAAAGGUCUAGGCACGGCAUAGGGGCUAGUGAGACGUCCUCACGGGUCCCUGAGCAAGAGGGGCCUAGCACAUCAGCAGCAGCGGCAGAAAAGGCAAAAGUGCGGGCCAGGAAGAUACUUUCCCAGCCCCAUCAAAACCAGAAGCCGACAACCGCUGGAGGAAGACCCUCUAGCUCGGCACCGCCGGUCAUCGGACCCCGUCCGACUUACGCGGAGGCUGCCAAGAAAGCCACCCUCAUCAGGGUGGCUAUACUCCCGGAGGGUUUCCCGGCGGCCAGCCUGACCGCAGAGGAACUAUCCGGGCUCCAGGAGUCGGUCAUGGACGAGAUGCUCACGUCAGCGUGGAGCGGUCCCGUCGUGUUCAGGGGAAUCCACUUCAGGGUGGGUUACCUGAUUAUCGACUGCCUGGAUGAAGGCUCAGCUGAGUGGCUCAAGACUGCCGUACCUCAGCUGCGGACGUGGAAGGGAGUACCCCUAGAAACCCGCACGGGAGCAGACAUCCCGGCAGCAUACAACGCCACGUUGUUCUGCCCGAGGAGCUCCGACCGGACCAAUGAGGAAAUAUUGGCCUUCAUUGGUUUCCAAAACCGGGUCGAGACGGACGCCUGGAAGGUCAUCUCCAGGAAGAACGACGGAGCUGGUGCACUCCUGGUCGUAGGGAUGGACCAGACCGGAAGGGAUGAGAUAGUGGAGCGUGACCACAAACUCAACUUCCGGUUUGGCCACGUCACCGUGAGCGGUCUGAAAAAGACCAAGAAAGCUCCGGAAGAGACGCCCAAUGACGGCACAUGCAAGGCUGUCGAGGAUACCCUCGAACAACCGAAUGUGGAGCCGAAGUCACAGAGUGGUGAACAGGAUGAACAAUCCAUCACCAGCAUGGACAUUGGGGACGACCAAGGGGAUGGACACCCUAUGUCAUCCCAGGAGCUGGCCCAGGAGCUCCUCCUGGACGAAAGCUGCGAAGAAGCCGAGGUUACCGUGAUAGCCGGUGGUGGAGAGACUUGCUCUCUCUCUUCACCAGACCUCACGGAGCAUCAAACCUCGGAGUGAUGGCUGCAACAUGCAGCACUCGGCUAGCCCAGGUAAACAUCCAUCGGGCCAAAGCAGCAUCUGCUGUCUUGGCGAGGAUGUUCACCUCCCAACACCUCGGGCUAGCCCUUGUACAGGAGCCAUGGUGGCACCAUGGCAUAAAAGGCCUGUACACGAAGGACACUAAGAGUUCAUGAGCAGAGACUGCGUCGCCGUAACCAUCAACGGCACAGAAGCUGCACCGAAACUAGCAGUGGCCUCCGCCUACUUUGCCGGGGAGGAGGCCUGUCCACCGCCAGGAAUACCCGGGCUAGUAGACCACUGCCGGACGAACAAGA